AUGCUUAUGUUCGACAAAGCCACUCAGCGUCACAGGGUUGAGGAUGCAAUGCUUAUGUUCGACAAAGCCACUCAGCGUCACAGGGGUUUCGGCUUUAUCACUUUCGACAACGACGAGGUGUCGGACAAAGUAUGCGAGAUCCAUUUCCAUGAGAUCAAUGGGAAAAUGGUCGAAUGCAAGAAAGCGCAACCCAAAGAAGUAAUGCUACCAGUUCAGCUGAACAAAUCGCGUGCAGCUGCUGCGCGAAAUCUUUACGGGCUUCCACCAGAGCAACUGCUACUGUUCAAUCAAAUGCCCGGCUACUCUGGACUGCCAUCGUCGCCGGGUUCGUCGUCAAGUGCAGCUGCAGCUAUUGCUGGUCGUGGUGGCGCUGGGCAACCAUUCGACGCUACUGCAGCAUUGUAUGCGAAUCUGAGCGCGGCACAGCCGUUCGGUGAUGGUGGACUGUACGUUUCUCCACAACCGCUGCAUACCUACCACAACAAGGUGUAA